CCUUGACCUCUUACCAGCAAAAUGGAGCCUUGAAAAGCAUAAACAGCGUAUCGCCACGACAGUGAUGAACGUUAAAUCCGGUUCGAAAUCGUAAUAUGAUCCUAGCUAUAUUUCACAAAUAUGACGAAUAACAAGACAAAGAACGCUAGCGACGAUACUUCAGCAUCAUCAGAGACAGACAGUCAGCCAAAACCCUCGAAAAGAGCCCGCACCAACAGCGGGAACGCCACACCGGGAACGGUGGGAUCCCUGGCAUCGUCAGCUGCCGACCACGGGGCCAUGGCUACGGCGGCCGGCCUUGCCCCGGUUACUCCACUCCGAGAUAACGCCGAUGAUGUUAGUGGAGGAAUGUCGACGGCACGGAGGGUCCGCCAGAGUUUAAACCUACAGUCUACAGCUGGUGGUGGUGAAGGAACUCGACAUAGUACGAUAUACACUGGAAUGAAACUUCUGACGGAUGAUGACGGGGUUGGUGAAGGGGGAAAGGGGGAGAAAGGACACUCAUCGGCCAAAAACAAAAGCACAUCAUCAUCAUCAAACAUUUGUAGGCCAGAGUGGAUUUGGGAUGAGCAGAUGAUGUCCGAUGCAUGUAUCCAGGCCCAGGAGAGUAAAGGGGCACAGGUCUGCUUCCAUCAGGACUACAGCUGUGGGACGGCUGCCGCUAGAGGGUUACAGCCAAUGGCAGAGGGACAACACUACUGGGAGAUCCAGAUGGACUCCCCUGUCUAUGGAACAGCCAUGAUGAUAGGAAUUGGUACUGGGCAGAUCGAUCUUUGCCAAUACGCACACACCUUCUGCAACAUGCUCGGCAGCGACACGAACAACGAGAGCUGCGGUCUGUCCUAUACGGGUCGGUUCUACCACGGAGGCGCUCAUGGUAGAUCCUACUGCACAAAGUUUGGCCAGGGGACAGUCAUUGGCGUGCAUCUGGACAUGUGGUUUGGCACACUCACUUUCUACCAGAAUGGAAAAUGCCUAGGUAUUGCCACCAAGGGACUCCUCGGCAAAGUCUGGUACCCCAUGAUCAGUUCAACAGCAGCAAGGUCCAGCAUGUGUCUCCAGACUGCGCGCUCCUUCCCCUCCUCCCUCCAGUUCUGGUGCUGUCGGACGUUACGCCGGGCCAUUCCCGCUGAACUCAAUGUGGUCGAGGCACUAGACUUGGCGCCGGGCAUGAGGGCGUUUCUGGAGGACAACCUGAUGUGGUUGCUGGACUCGCACAGCAGUGGAGAUGUGGACGUCCUGACUAGAGGAACGCAGACCGAUCUCAGCAUGGCAACCCAUCAACUCAGUAAUGUACCAUUGAGGAGGCAGUCACCAGACGCAGGGAUAACUAGUGAAGGUCAAGGGUCAUCAUCACCCAGUUAAUGAGGUCAGCGAUAGCAGAGGUCAAAGGUUCUCUGCGAGUUCCCCUCGGGUUUGCCUCAUGGAAAUUGAUGACCCUCAACCGAAGACGCAGUGACAGUUGGUGACACUUGUAAUCAGUGGCUUGUUAGGCCUAUAUGAGAGUUGCAGUCACGAUGACAAUCGGGACAAUGUUCUGACAAAGCAGCAGACAUCAUCAGCUGAUAAUGAUGUGAGACAACCGAUGAUGGGGUCUGAGUUAUACGGUGGAUGAUCUCUUCCUCCACGUUUGCAGACUAAGCUUAUUACAGACAAACCAUUGAGACAGCCACUGUGUGCACAGACAAUGCAAGGCAAUUUUGAAUCACACUCUUAGAUCUUAGGGCUAUUCGUAUUCGUAAGGAGAGCGAACUAGAGAAAUGAUACAUCGGAAAGGAGUAUACAGCAAUCUUGUGUUGUACUGUGCUGCCUAGCGACGGCUUUAGGGGGGGGGCUUAGUGGGCAACACAGCGAUCAUCUGAUCAGUCACAGGUUGUUGGACUUCUACUUUGCAUAUCGCUCAUACAAAAAAAUUAUGGUACCACUGCAGUGUCUGCUACAAUCAAGAGUUAAGUGAAGGAUUGCUAUUACUGAGUCACAGGACUCAGGAAAGUACUGAGUGUAGAGUGCUAACACACAUCGGUGUAUGGGUAAAAACCAAAAUUAAUAUGCUAUUAUUGUCUCAUUAAUGACAUAAGAAACCUGAUUUACAACAUCUUGCCAAAACCUGUUCCAAUUAUGUUAUAUAAAAAAAUGAGUAUUGUUGGGAAUGCAGACAUAAUUUACAGUAUAAUAUUUGAAGGGCAUCUAGGAUUCUACCAUGCAACGACACCGUGGCUGCUAUGAAAAUUAAGGCCUGGUACUCACGUUUGUUACAAAUAAAACUACAUAAAAAGAAGCAAACUUGUGUACAUGUUACAUGUCAUUGUUGGCAACUUUUGAAGAGGGAAUGAUUUUCAUGGCUCUGUUUUUAUCCCAAGCAGAAGUCUGUGAUUUUAACAGAAAAAUCCUCAAUCAAGGAGAAUGAAAUUUUGCAGGUUAAGCAAGAAGUUUUUGCUUGGGGAUGUUU